AUGUCGACGAGUUCCGGCACAACAACCACCACAUCCUCUUCAGCAACUGGAAGCACAAUGUCAUCCGCUUCUUCUUCUUCAAGUCAUCAUCUUCAAGUGCCCGGGAUUGAAAUCCAGCCGCCAUCCGAUCCGCCGACCAUGUUGGAGCCACCACAGCAGCUGCAGCAACAGCAACAACAACAACAACAGCCAUUACAACAACAACAGCAUCAGCAUCAGGCAUCAGCAACAACAAGUGGUCGACAAGUGAUUGGCACUACAGCUCGUUCACGUACGUUUUCCUUAUCCUCCCUUGUUGGCAAGACACGCCGAGCUUAUUCAGUGUCAUCGGCGUAUCCACCCAAAAUGAUUCAUCCUUCUUUGGUGCCUCCUCAACCAUCCACCGAUGCCAAAUUGGAUGACGAUAUUUGGUUCAAUGCAAAGUCUGUGACUCAAGCACAACGUCGUAACUCGGUUGCAGCAGCUCAUCGCAAUUAUGAGGAUUUUCAACAAAAGAUGGAGGAAGCCCCAUUAUACAUUCUUGUAUCAACCUAUUUGAAUUACUUUGUCUUGAUCUUGCUCGGUCAUUUGAGGGAUAUUCUCGGCAAGAUAUUCAAACGACAUGAGUAUGCUCAUUUGCGUACCAAUCAAGGCUAUGCACCCUUGGUCUCCGAUUUCGAUUCAUUCUACACGCGUCGGUUGUACAUGCGUAUUCGUGAUUGCUGGAAUCGACCCAUUACAGGUGUACCCACACGCAAGACGACUGUAUUGGAAAGAGAGACCAAUGAUUUCAACAAAACAUUCAGUCUGACAGGUCGUAAAAUUGAUGCACUUAAUUUCGCGUCGUACAACUAUCUGGGAUUUGCACAAGCACAAGGUCCAUGCGCUGAUGCUGUGGAUGAAUCAGUACGCCAUUAUGGUAUGAGCUGCACUGCCACACGAGCUGAAUCGGGUACAUUGGAUUUGCAUCGACGUCUCGAAGCACGUGUUGCACGCUUUGUCGGCAAGGAAGAUGCUAUGGUGAUUUCUAUGGGAUUUGCCACCAACUCAACCACCAUCCCUGCAUUGGUCGGCAAGGGAUGUCUCAUCAUCAGUGAUGAGCUCAACCACAGCUCCAUCAUUUUCGGUGCAAGAAUCUCAAGUGCCAACAUCCGCGUGUUUAAGCACAACAACAUGAACGACCUACGCCAACUCUUGCGUGAAGUCAUUUCACAAGGUCAACCACGCACCCAUCGUCCUUGGAAGAAGAUUCUAGUGAUCGUGGAAGGUCUCUAUUCUAUGGAAGGUUCGGUCGUCAAUCUACCCGAAUUGAUCAAGCUAAAGCGUGAAUUCAAGUUUAAUCUUUAUGUGGAUGAAGCUCAUUCUAUUGGUGCAUUGGGUGAACAUGGUGGUGGCGUUUGUGAUUUCUAUGGCAUCAACCCCAAACAUGUCGACAUCUUAAUGGGUACCUUUACGAAAUCAUUUGGUGCCGCAGGAGGAUACAUUGCUGCCGACAAGGCGGUAAUUGACCACUUGCGCUUAACCAAUCAUUCUUACUUGUAUGCGGAAGCAAUUACGCCUCCUGUUGCCCAACAGAUAAACACCAGCAUGAGUAUUAUAAGAGGCGAAGAUGGUACACAAGAUGGCGCAAACCGGAUUCGUCAACUUGCAGACAAUGCACACUAUUUUGCUUCCAAGCUUCGAGAAAUGGGCUUCAUUGUGUAUGGUGAUGAAGGCAGCCCUGUGGUACCCUUGUUGCUAUUCAACCCAGCCAAGAUUUCAGCCUUCUCGCGCGAAAUGCUGAAACGGGAGAUUGCUAUCUGUGUGGUCGGUUAUCCAGCAACACCCAUCAUCAGCUCACGCGCGCGAUUUUGUGUUUCCGCUUCACACACAAGGGAAGAUUUAGAUCAUACUUUGAAGGAAAUUAGUGAGGUGGGCGAUCUUCUCAUGCUCAAAUUCAAGGCAUAA